GAAAUGACAACAGACUGAGAGACGUGGCAAAGAUUCGAGACAGGAGGGAACAAGACGAGAACAUCUGAGGACUAUAUGUGACGACAGGAUUGCAAAGUAAGAAGAAAGUAGAAGGUGUCAAGAAGACAAAAAAGGUUCAUCCAACUGAGACAUCUGGUCGAUUCACCCACGGUGCAGACUCUGAGACGAUGGACAUCCUUGAGACAGAUGCCUUUGACAGGCGGCAGAAGAGAAACAUGUCCUGUGCUCUCCUUCUUUCUCUCUUGCCUUUCUUUUUGUCCACAGCUGUGUUCUUCUACCUGUGGACACCUGAUUCAUCCCCAUCCAUCAUGUCAGCAGGUGUCAAAUCAGCCCCGACAGUCCUGUUAGCUGCAGUAGUGCUGCGCUGGAAUGGAGGUCAGAGUGUCCUGGGUGUGAUGGGAGGACUGCUGUUCUCUGCUGUUGGUGACUGCUGCCUGGUAUGGCCUGAGCUUUUUGUGCAUGGAAUGGGUGCAUUUGCUGUGGCUCAUCUGCUGUACUCAUUCACCUUCCUCUCCAGUCGUUAUACGCCAUAUUCCUCCUCCUCUUCCUUCUGGACAUGUUUCCUGUCUCUGAUCCUGUUCAUGGUGGGAGGAGGUUUCUACAUCUACACAUAUCCAUUUCUGCAGAAGGCGCCAGACUCCGAUGUACUGGUUCCAGCUGUGGGGGUCUACGUUUUCCUAAUUUCUCUUAUGGGUGCGUUAGCUAUCAGAACCCGCAACAUGACAACAAUGUUAGGAAGUUUGUCCUUCAUAGUGUCUGACCUAUCACUGGCAUUGCAAGUUUUCAAGGUGACAGCACCAAUUGAGCAUGGUCACAUUGUUGUCAUGGUAACGUAUUAUUUGGCACAGCUACUCAUAGCUGUGGGCGAUGUAAAUGCAGUGGAGAAGGACGACUUUGCAAAAUGGAAGAGGUCCUAAACAGCAUCCCUAGAGUCUGAAGCAUCUCCAUCAGCCUGGUAAAAAUCACAUAACGGCCUAUAAAUCCUUCAGGUCUGGGAGUUUCUAGAUCAACCCAUCAAAUACAGGAAAAGAGGAGAAUAGAAGAAAGACUCUACUGGUCAGCACUUGAAAGCUACUGGCUAGUGCCAAAGAUGGAGUAAAAGAGCAGCUUGCAAAGUCAAAAUACUUAACUUUGUGUUUCCGGCUUGUGUUUGAAUAAUCAUACUAAUAACAUUUUAAAAUACCACAGUCUA